AUGGACAUAAACGAGGACAAGAUCAAGGAGGAAGUCAGCAGCUUCGUCUCCUCUCUGCAGCGAUUACUGCCAAAGAAGAAAGACAUAAUAGUGGUGGAACCUCAGCGACACAAAAUUACGAAGCUAUGUGACGUUCACGCCGAGGCAAAGAAUACGUUCCCGAAGUGCUUUGUCGGCGCCCGCCUCAUUGUCCUCAGAGAGGUCCUGGACAGAGUCAAACUGGUUCAACAAUACAGCUAUGGGAAGACUAGAGAAUCCUACAGGUGUUUCUCCCAGCUUAUUCACAAGGAAAUGGAACCGAAGAACACCGAUGAAGGGUUGCUGGUAGAUUCCGCUGGUUCAGCUACAGCUACAUAUAAGGAGAUCCUUGACGGUGGUUACCUAGUGAGACUGACAACAAGAAUUAAGGAUUUGGUGUCGUCAGACACGGAGAUUGUGCUUGAAAAAGAGAAUGACAAGUCUGUGGGAUCGGUUUCGUGUUCUGUUAGAGAUGUGGACCCAAACACUUUACGUAUGGUGACGCAGUGGAUGUACAAAAUUCGCCCGGAUGUGUGUUUUGGGACUGAGAUUGGAUUAAAGCCGCUAAUGUACCCGCCGACCCCGGAAAUCUCGAUCAGUGCUCGAUACGACAGGCCCAGCUUCACAGUAUCUUCCACGGCCAGCAAGGUCGGCUUCCAGGUGUGUCUUUACAAACAGUUCUCACCAGACUUGAGUUUAUCGACGAUAAUAACAGAGGGCUGCCGAGCUGGGCAGACCACGGUGAGCUUGGCGAUGCACAAGAAUUACCAGAACGGUUCUGAGCUGAAAAUAUUUGUGGACUCCCAGCGUUGCGGAGGCUUCACUUUCCAAAGAGAUAUUCUGUUUUAUGAGCCUCAUAAUGAGGUCCGCGUUUUGCGCCUCGUCGGAAGUACUCUGAUUGAUAAACAAAGACGGGUUCGAUUUGGGAUCGGGUUCAAUCUGGAUUUCUAA